UUGCCUAGAAAUGCAUGGAGAGUCACACACAUGCAGUCACCAUCGGUGGGUUGUAUUGCAUACAAACUCUCCUCGUAAAUCCAAAUGGAGUUAUCCAUGAAUGUUGGUGUUACAGUUACGGAAGUAUACCCUGUUUUACUGGAUUAAAAACAAGCUAUGAAAUGCCAUCGAUGUGAUCGUACGGGAUUGAGGAUUUUUAACACCAACCACAAGGAAGUUUGGCGAGCACUCAUUUCUGGAACCAUAUACCAUUCAAAUGAAGACUACUUUACGACAUUGAGUAGGCCUACACCUCGAAAUGUCUCACUAUCCACAUGGAGUUAUUUCGUUUGGAAUAUACAAAACAUUGGAAUAUCAUCUGAGAAGUGUUGAUCGGAAACUUGAGUGAGUAGCAGCACCGAAAGGAAAAGAAAAUCAAAAUGGCGCAGGGUUGCGGAGCCUCGAUGUCCAAAAUCAUUCUCUUCAUAUUCAACGCACUCGUUUGGGUUGCCAGCAUCAUCUUGAUCGCCAUCGGCGGCUAUGUCUUGAACAACAGCUCCAAGUACGAUAACCUGUUUGGUGAGAGCAGCAACACGCUGACCGUUGUCUGCGGCUUCCUCAUCGGCGUGGGAUGCUUCAUCUUCCUGGUGGGGUUCCUGGGAUGCUGCGGGGCCUGCAUGGAGAACGGUUGUUUCCUCAAACUGUAUUUCGUCUUCCUCCUCGUCCUGGUGUUGGUGGAGUUUAUCGGUGGCAUUCUCGCCUUUGUCUACAGGAACGAUAUCAAGAAGUUCAUUCAAGACGAGCUUGAUCAACAAGUCAAGCAGUUCUACGGGGAGCCAGAUCAAAAGGUGGUUACCGGCGCAGUUGACGAUCUCCAGCGAGAUGAGAAAUGCUGCGGUGUUGUAGACUACACCGACUAUUACAACAGUACCUUCGCAACGUUGCCCCAGUUUACUGGCGAAGCGGUUCCACAGAGCUGCUGUAAGGAUCAAAACGAUGACACCUGCAACGCGGCACGGGCCAAUGGGACCAUCGCAGAUGUCAGCAAAAUUUACACUGAUGGAUGCAUGGCCAAACUAGUGAAGAUCUUCGAGGACAAUUUCGUGUACAUCGGAGUGGCCGCUUUAGUUCUGAUUCUUGUUGAGAUUUCCGCUAUGAUCAUGUCUUGCUGUCUUAUCAGCGGUAUUGGUAAGAAAGAUGAUUACAAGUCCUACGCCUAAAUCGGUGUUUAAAACUAGCCUUCUUGUCUUAGAUUUGCCUUUCUGAGUUUUUUAUUCUUGCUCUCUAGACAAAAAGACUGGCGUCGGAGCGGAAGGGGAAUAAAAGGUAGAUGCCCCUGAAAAACUUAGAAAUUGAACCAUCUUUGUGUUUUUUAGGUUGUCUGAUUUUUUUUUCUGAGUUUUUCCUGGGUCGAUCUCGAUCUCGAUUAGAUGCACCGGAGCUUUGCACCGAUCCCGAUGGGUGUUUGUGGUGGAUUGUAACGUUGUCUGCUACUUUUAUUGCGGCCAUGUAAUGUCGAUGUGAAUUCCAUGGGCCUUAUGCACGGGUUGACCAUUUUUGUCGAGUUCCCUGAAUCUAGUUCAUAAAUUGUGAACUGUUGAAUGGAAUGGCGCCAGACUAUUUAAGCAGCCUUAUUUUACUGUCAUGUUUUUGUAAAUCUGGCUUAAAGCAUUAGGGAAUGUUGAAUUACAAGUCUUAAAUUAUUCAACAUGAAGCAGACUUGAAUUAACUAGUAAUUUACUUGCUUUCAUUUCUCUUCGUAAGUUCCAAAAAUGAAGAUUUUACCUUACUGUCAAUUCGAUAUGGCCGACAUGUGCAUAAGGCCCAUACCCACCAGGAUAAUCCUGCCUACACCCCUGAUAGAGAUAUAAGAAAUGAUUGUAAUAAGAUUUGUAAAAUACAAUUCGUUCUCUUGAACAUUCUCUUCGAUUUAGAAAUAAUCCAACAGUGAAUAACGCUUAAGGAAAUGUUUCCCAAAUGCGUGGAGAAAAUAGUGUGUUCAAAACUAAUGUAAUUAUUUUGUUUCGCUCCUGAAAUCCUUUAAAUGUUUAUUAAAAUGACUUCAGCUUCCGCUUAUUAUUUUCUAGUUAACAGAAACAACAUUAAGAGUGUAUGAUAAGAUGAGUGUAUUAUCUGCGUAUAGACUAGAUAAUAUUUCGUGAUGGUAGGAUGAAUAGAAAUUAAAAGAAAACCGCCAUGCACGGUAUAUUUUUUCGAAUUUCGACAUGAUAAGUGCUAAUGAAUCAAAUCGUCUUCCAUCUUAUACUAUAAAAGCUUGUCCAAAAUUGGAACAUCUCAUUCAGAUGUGUGGUAACAUUUAGCGAUUGUUGUUAUUUUUAUUAGAAAUAAAUUACUCCUUAUUUAAAACACGAUUGUCUUAAAAGUAGGGGAGAUAGGUGUUUGGAUUAUGCCUUUGAUGAUACAAGCAUUGGUAUUUGGCACACAGUCAGAGUGUGCCAUGAGAAAUAUAUUUGGCAGUAGGCCCAUCGCAGAUUUGUCCUUUGACAAAUGUAUAGAAUAACAAGCAAUGGCAGCCAUUUUGAAAAUUUGGAAUAUUGCUUGUGAUUCUUCCUAUAAUUUCUCAGAGGACAAAUCUGCGAUGUCCCUAUAGCCAAAUAUCUUUCUCAUGACAUACUCUGACUGUGUGCCAAAUGCCAUGCUUGUAUCAUCAAAGGCACAAUUCACCCAAAUAUUUUUUUUUAUCUGCCCUACUAUGUGUAGUGGUGUAGAAGUGGUAACAACUUGUCUAGAGAGUUUCACUUUCGGACUUAAAGAGUGCAGAUGCUGCCGAUUUUCAAUUGAGGCCACCAACUGUACCAACUGUAUUGAAUCUUAGUUUUUAGAAAAGUAAUCUUCCUUUUUUUGACACUCUAAACAAUUAGGCCUAUAAUGUUUAGUAUUAUUUUUUUUUUAGAAUUAACAUUCAUAUAACAGUAAUACCUUGUGUUAUGUAUGUUUCCCAUUCUUAAAACCGUAAAUUAAAACUUGGAACUUGAAACUUUGGAUAUCUGAUAUUACUACAAUAUGUACAAAAUAGACCACGUGCACGGGGCGCCCUCACCGAGGACAGGUUUUGUUCUUUGAAUUCACUAACCAACAAUGUACACUGCUUCUACGCACAGGAUGUGACGUCAUCUGCAGAUCUUAGAUGUGACGUCAUCUGCAAAGGGCUAUAAGUAGUCACGAGCUGUAAAUAGCUAGAAGUCACAAUACAAAUAAAUUAGACUUCCUUGACUCGAUUUUAAAAAGUGCUAAAGAAUUGUUUAUUUUUCCAUGAAUUUGCAGGAUUAUGCCAUACCUUAUCCCCUUACAAAAAUGUACAGGAAAACAAACAAGACACCAAAAUAUCCUUUAUAGCAAUUUGAUGUAAAAGCUCCUCUCAGUGUUAUGGCCAUCAACUUUAGCCUUCUCUCCAGCAAAAUAAUACUCUGAAUAUUUUGAUUAUUUUUUUUCAGAACAUUGAAAUUGGACGUCAUUUUUGAUGACCUCAAAGGUCAAAUGUCUGGUAGCCGGCCAAUUGACUGGUGCCCAAGCCCAUCAUGAUCUUUCCAACAGAAUAGCCCUACCAGUGUAUGCGCAUUUAAAUAUUUUUAGCGAGUUUGGUUUUAUAUAUGUUUUAAUGGAAUAAACACAUUUCAGUGCUGUACACAUUUCAA